AUGGGAUGUUUUAUGGGUUGUUUCGGUCUCUCUUCCAACAAAAAACGCAGAAAUUCCAUCAGGAAGAUCCUUCCUCGAGAUCAAAGGAUCUGUAGCUACGAGCCUCUACAUUCUUCAGAUCCGUCAGAUUUCAGUACUAUUGUAGAAGAUAACUCUGAAAAGAUCUCGAAUUCGAACCUCAGGUGUGUGGUGGAUGAAGAGGAGGAUGAGGAGAAGAAGAAAGGGACAGCAAAGAAGACGAGGAAGAGAGUUAGAUUCAACUUGAAUGUACAAACCUAUGAACCAGUUCUUCUACCAUCAAGAUACGAGAACUAUUGCAGUGAUGGUGAAGAGGAGAAAGGAGAAAGAAGCAAUGUUACUUCGGUUACCGAUGAGAAACCAGAGGAUCUGAGCGGCAGAUCUGCGUAUCCUUCAAACUACAGAUACCAAAACUGUGUGGAUAGUUUCGAAGACGAAUUGGGCUAUGGGGAGAGUGAUUUGGAGGAUGAAGACUAUUACACUGACGAUGAAAACGACUAUGAGGAUGAUGCUGAUGAUGAAGAUGAAGAAGAAGAAGAUGAGGCUUACGGAGACCAGGACGUGACUCCUCUUUUGAAUCCGGUUGAGAAUAUUGCGCAGUGGAAAGCUGUUAAGGCAAAGCCAGUGAGAGUUAAACAGGUGAUGAAGGAGAAUGUUGAAGCCGAUGAUGAUCAAACGAAACCGCUGCUGAAGGAGAUAAUCGUCAAUACUAGCCUUUCUAAUUGGUUGGCCUCACCAAAGAGCUUUCAUGGGAAUGGUUCUUCCAGGAGAUCCCCAAUUGUUGAUAUCACCAACAUGGAGAACAGGUAA